CUGUGAUUAAACUAUUGACCGGAACUAUGUUUGAAGUACUUCUGAAAUACACCUGCAGGCGAACAAUUAAAAAUACACACGAUACACAAGUUUUCGUGAAUCUGGUAUAAUUGUUAAAAAAAUGUUGUCAUGCAGGUUAACAAAAUAGACAAAACAAAAGCUUGCAAACAUUUGUGACAUUUUGAACCGUCCCCUUUAACCUGAUUGGACUCGUUGCGCGUGCCCAUCCCCGUAUAGUGCGCGCCGCCGCGGCAGUAGCAACAAUCUUUGGAGAGUGUGCGCAGCGAUCGGAGCCACUUCACAGCAGAGGACCGGAGCAGGACGAGUCUUGUGCCAUGGAGUCGCCAACUUGAUGUUGCCACUUGUUUUAUUUUUUAUUUUUUUAGCCGUCAUUCAGGGAUGUGAAGAUGCCACAUUCAGUCAGCUCCUUCUCAACAGAAACUGUCAUCUCUUCAACCUUCCCUCUGGACGUCCUCUCUACCAGCCUAUGGCCUACAGAACCGUUCACAGCAGAUGUCUUGCUCGCCAACAUCAGUAACAUCAGCAGCGGGCCCGGCGCCCUCCGGUGCACUUAUAAGGAAGACUUUAAACGUAUCUUACUCCCUGCUGUGUACACUUUUGUCUUCUUGCUCGGACUUCCUCUCAAUGCCGCUGUCAUACUGAAGAUAUGGAGGACUCGACCCAAUCUGUCCAAAAACAACAUCUAUAUGCUCAAUUUGGCCAUAGCCGACUUCCUGUAUGUGAUGUCUCUUCCCUUGCUCAUCUACAACUACGCUAGUCAUGACUACUGGCCUUUUGGGGAGUUUGCCUGUAAACUGGUCAGGUUUCAGUUCUACAGUAAUCUGCAUGGCAGCAUCCUGUUCCUCACCUGCAUCAGUCUGCAGCGCUAUGUGGGCAUUUGCCAUCCUCUGGCGAUGUGGCACAAGCAAGGCGGUCGCAGGCUGGCGUGGUGUAUCUGUGGAGGGGUCUGGCUGCUGGUCGCCGUCCUGUGUGCACCAACUUUUCACUUUGCUGCGACAGGAAUCCAGCGAAACCGCACGGUGUGUUACGAUUUAAGCACCCCGAAGAAUUCAUUAGACUACUAUCCUUACGGCAUGGCUCUGACCUGCAUCGGCUUCUUGUUGCCUUUCAUGGGUGUGAUGGUGUGCUACUACCGCAUGGCCCACAUCCUCUGCCGCCCAGUGUCUUACCAGGGAGUCUCCAUGGCCUCUAGGGACAAAAGGGACAAGGCGGUGAAGAUGAUUAUUGUGGUAGCGGCAGUCUUCUGUAUAAGCUUCCUGCCAUUUCACCUCACCAAGACCAUGUACCUGGUGGUGCGGACUCUGCCUGCUGCGCCCUGCGAGACAAGAAACCUGUUCUCCAUCAUCUAUAAGAGCACCAGGCCGUUUGCCAGCAUGAACAGCUUUCUGGACCCUAUUCUGUUUUACUUCACCCAGCCACGCUACCGAGAGAGCACCAGAAGGUUUGUGCUCAAAGUCACCACCAGAGAAAAGGGCACCAGUGUGUGAGCCAACACUCGCUCCUAUACUGCAACAGGAUUUCUUGGGGCCUUGUUGCUACAUCAGCGUUGGAUCCUAGCAGGCUGCAGAGUGUUACAUGUACAGGUACAGCUCAAAAAAUUAGAAUAUUGUGAAAAGUUCAAUAUUUUUUGUCAAUUGUUUCAGAAAGUCAAACUCAUAUAUUAUAUAGAUUCAUAACACAUAGAGUGAAAUAUUUCAAGCCUGUAUUUCUUGUGUUUUUGAUGAUUCUGGCUUAGAGAUAAUGAAAACACAAAACUCAGUGUCUCGGAAAAUUAGAAUAUAACAUAAGAUCAGUUAAAAAAAUUAUAUUUUAAACACAAAUGUGAGGCUUCUGAAAAGUAUCUUCAUUUCUAUACACUCAGUACUUGGUUGGCAUGUUACUGCAUUAAUACAGCUUGGCAUGGAGGAGAUCAGGCUACUGCACCAUGUUGCUUUUAUAGCAGCCUUCAGGUCAUCUGUGUCUGGUGUCUCUCUAAACAACAGCCCAUAGACUCCUAUGGGGUUCAGCCCAGUUUGCUGGCCAGUCAAGCCCAGUAACACCAUGAUCAUUGAACCAGCUUUUGAUACCUUUGCCAGGGUGGUCCACUGACUGUGGACUCAUAUUGAACUUUUUCACAAUAUUCUAAUUUUCUGAGACACUGAGAUUUGGGUUUUCUUUAUCUCUAAGCCAGAAUCAUCAACAUUACAAGAAAAACAGGCUUGAAAUAUUUCACUCUAUGUGUAAUGAAUCUAUAUAAUAUACGAGUUUCGCUUUCUGAAAUGAUUGACAAAAAGUAUUGAACUUUUUCAUAAUAUUCAAAUUUUUUGAGAUGUACCUGUAUUAGUUGUUGAGUUUCCACUUGCAUGUUCUAAUGCAAGCCCUUUUGCUUUCUCCUUCUACUCACUGCAACGAAACACUCCAUCAUCUUAAGGGAGGUUAAAAAGGUUUUAGAGGUUCUAGCAUAUCAUGAAGGCUCUGAAAUUAGGCUGAGAGAAUUGGGGUGAGAAAUUCAAGAGCUGAAAUGAAAAUCCAUUUUUUCUUUAUACUUAUAUGAUCUUGAGAUCAUGGAGAUAACAUCCUCUUGUCUUUUCUUUAUGUCCUUAUUAUUGUGGCUGAGGGACACUGUACAGGUCCUGUAUGUAUCAUCAUGCAUUCUCCACUUUAUCUGUCAAAUGUUUACUUUAAGUCUCCAUUUUGAGUGUUUUUUUGUAAAUAAUAUUUUUUUUUACACUGUGAACUGCAAUAUAAUAGAUAUACUGAUAAUGCUCUAACAUCAUAAAAUAACAAGGAGUCAGUUUGACUUCAGCAGACUUUUGCUGAUCAUAUAGAAUUAAAGGUGAAAGAUCAUUUUGAGAUACAACCCCAAUUCCAAAAAGUUGGCCUGUUGUUUAAAUCAUCAGUUAAACAGAAUGGAAUGAUUUGCUGAUCCUUUUUUAUCUCCUUUUUGUUGCUCUGAUUAGUUAUAGGUCUAUUCAGAGGAAUUUAGUGCAUUCGUUGAUAACACCAUUAAAAACUGUACAAAACAGUAUAUUUAAUGUUCAAACUGAACUUCCAUUCUUCUUUUCUUCUAUAUUUUUGUGAAUAUACACUUGGGAUUCAGAAUUUUAUGCAUUUUUAUUCAUGUUUUACACAGCGGUCCAGCCUCUUUGGAUUCGGGGUUGAAUGUAUAAUAUAAGUGGAAAAAGAAAUGGUGAAAGAAAGAAGGAAAGGUCAGUGCGUUUAUUUUCAAAUCCACUAUGACACGACGCCACGUAAAAGGCUCAAAAUGAAUGUUUAUGACUAUAGCAUGUUAUAAUUGCAUGCAGAACUUGUAUGUGGAAAUGUGUAUUACACUUAUGAAGGUUUCUACAAUACCUGUACUGUUUCCUUUUAGUUGUAAGACCUGUUGUUGCAAGUCCUCACCACUGGAUGGUGUGUGCACCCCACUGCUGUAACCUCACUGCACUGAAACGCUUUGUUCUUUGUGAAAGUGUUGUGGUUUUUAACAUGUUAUCCAGUCAGAGUAAGAUCUCAGCUACUACAAUCAGAGAUAAACCAUUGCCAGCAAAACUCAGAUAUCCAAAUCAGAUUAUGGUUUUCUCCAUGGGUUCCUUAAAUUCUCCAAUAAAAAAAAAAAUCUAGUUAAAAGUAUGUUCAAACUGAAAUACAUGUGAAGUCAUUACCAGAUGAAUUAGAUGCUUAGAGGGAAGGAAACAUGCAAUUUAUGGACUUUAGGGUCUAAAUUAAGGCUCAACCCCGCAGGUUUCCACUUUCUGUUAGUGUGUGAAUCCUUCCCAUGUGCUCUGUACUCUCUAAAAAGGUACUCUAAAGUAUCGACUUAUACAGAGAAGUUGCUAAAUUUUUCAUUUAAUAAUGUGUAAGGUUCAUGAAAUGAGCAUACAUGCAGAUCGUUUAGUAGUUUGCUGUUCCUGUAUUUUGCUGAAGUUUAAUGUUAAUUUAACUUACUAACUAAGUUCUUUGUAAUUUAGUGUAUUUUAAUCCACAACUUGCACUAAACCUCUCCCAGACUUAAGAGUGGGAACAAACUAGAGGAAACAAAUGUUGUGUACAUUGGUUUAAUGUGAACACAAAUGUUCAUGCAUUUUAAAUGCAAGUAGCAUGUUAACCAUAAUAUGAGCUUCGUAGAAAUAUUAGGAACGUCUUAAUGUGUGUGUGUGUGUGUGUACACCGUGCAUAUUGUGUAAUGUAGAAAUAUACUGCAUGUUGUGUGAAUGCAGAGGUCUUGUUGUUUAUGCGUCUGUUUGGUGAAAUAUUUGUAAUUUUUUGUUUUUUUUUUAAAUCUGUCUUUAGUGUGUGUGUGUGUGUGUGUGUGUGUGUGUGCGUGUGUGUAUGUGUGCGUGUGUGCGUGCAUGUAUGGUCAGUUUAGAGAGAUUCAGAAGUCUGUGCACUGUGCCAACAUAUUUGUGUCGAUCAGUAUUAUUUAGAAGAAAAUACUGUUCCACAGAGUAGUAUCAGGAAUAGAACUUUUAUUUUUGUUACAUAGGUAUAAUUAUGUAGAUUAAAGAGUAACAUUUAUGUCUUUGUUUAUUUUGUUCUGUUCAUACCAUGCAGCACCUUGAGUUGCUUGUGUAAAUGUGUUGGAUAUUGCCAUAAUGUAAACAGCCAUUAAAAAAAAGUUAUGCAACCGAU